UUUUCAUCAAUUUAAACACAAAAUGGUAGUCAUUUAUGUAUAGGAACAUAUUUAGAAAAUAUAUUUUCAUGUGCCGAUAAUCAAUUAGUCAAGAUGCGGUCACUUUGGUCCGGUAAGUAUAGUAUAUAAGGCCGAAGGUUUUUGAUUCUGCCUUUCAGUCUACGAACGAUAUUCAACGAGUAGGUUUGUGUAGUGUAGCAAAAAAAUAAAGUAAUUUAUUAUUAUUUUGAACAAAAAAAUAAGUAUUGGCGUUUCUUAAAAUAGAGGAGAUUCAAUUAUCAGGAGAAACCAGUCCCUAUAGCGAAGGACGUUUCGCCAGGAUGAGCAGCGGAUGGUAUCUGCAGCAUGUGACUACCGGCUCCCGCCACAUUUUGCACAAGGGGAUUAAUGUAGUGGGUCGCCACUCGCGCUGCAAUAUUGUUUUGGCUGGAACCUACCAAUAUGUGUCCCGGGAGCACGCGAAACUCGACGUCAGCGAUGGGGGCGUGGUGGUGCAGUCGAUGAACGCCUUGAAUGGCAUCUUCAUCAAUGAGGGCAAGCUGGGCGAAAAGAUCAACCGGUUGGCCGUGGCGGAGGGCUCCACCAUCAGCUUGGGAGUCUCGGGAGUGCCACUCAAGGAAAUUUCUUCCAUUCAUGCCAUUUUCGUUCUGAAGAAAAUAGUGCCCACCGCGGAGGAGGUUAUCCUUUCCUCCGACGAUGACGAUACCCAGCCGCUUCCCGCAGUGAGAUCUCCUAGUGGAAAUCAGCCCACGGAAUUCAAUCUCAAACAGCAAAUUCCCAACUUUCCCCUCAAGAAGAACACCAGCCAGGAGGAAGAGGUGGAGCUGCCCUCAAGCUCCGGUUUGCAUUUGCCGAAAAUAACUGACGUUAAGCAGGAACUGGUCAACAAAACCACAGAGGAUAUAAGGAACAUCUUUGGAGAGGCAGACGAGGCCAUUCUCGACUAUGUAAUGGAGAAAAGUCCUUAUGUGUACAACAUGCUAAACAAUAAGCCGGCGGGCUCUAAAACCCCCAACUUAAAAAUCCAUGUCGGCGAUCAUAUUGUACUCGAUACGGAUUCAGAUAAGGGGCAAAAUCCGGAACCACAGGACAACGCCAUCGUUAUUGCAGACGAGAAAAAAGUCGACGAAGAGGAGGAGUACGAUGAGCGUUACGCCAUGUCCCAGGCAGUUUUAAAGGAAAUGAAGGCCGAGAUGGCCUUUAGCGAUGGCGAGGAAGACUUCCUCGAGUUCAAUGGCAUGGAGAGCAUGGCAGAAGGCUCUCCUUCAUCCCAAGUUUACGAGGAAAUUGUCAUUAUCAGCGACUCGGAUGAUAAUGAGUUGUACGACAAGGUGGCCGAUUGGUCCAAGUUGCUAAGCCAAAAGGUCGUUCCAGAUGUCAUCGAAAUGUCGCAGACGUACCCCCUGGCGGAGGAGGAUUCGAGUUCGGAAUCGGAGCUGGAAAUCUCUGCGAAACACAAGAUAACACCUGAGAAAGGGGAGCAAUUAAAGAGUCAGCAAAAAUCUUGCUUAAAAACUCCGACAAAGACUUGUUUGGAGGGCAAGAAAGCAGAGACCAAAAAGUCCUCAUUUCGUCGGCGUCGGCAGACAGUGGAUUGCGCGGACGAAGUGCCAGAUAUAAUCCCCAAAAAGGCCGAUACCAACAAGUCCCCAAUCCAUAAGUUCUUAGAUAAGUUGACUGAAUCCGACGCAACAAAGCAAACCACUUCCAGCGAAUUUAAAGAUUUAUGCAAAGAUGCACCCAAAGACAAAGUGGAGACACCUAAAAAACCACUCCGCAACCGUUCAAAAUCCUGUUAUAUGGAUCGACCAGUAGUAUUAGAUGAACCAUUAACCAAAAAAGGAAAGAAUAAUGUAAAAGAGAAUCUACGCGAGCUAAGAUCAAAAGGUCCCGUCAAAACAUCAAAGAAAAUUAGUGAAAAGACAGAUAAUAGUCGCGAAGUACUUGUGGUAACGCUUCAUGCUCCAGAGGUUCCGGAAAAGUUGGAAAAACCUUCCAAAUCCGAUAAAAAGACCGAAGAAAAAAAAACUUUGGUUCGUAGCCGGCGCAAGACAAUACAUAGUCGUAAAGAAUUGGAGGAGAUGACGGGUGAAAAUGUGGAAAGCAAACCGAUUACUCCAACUAAGGUUUCUCCAUCUAAACAGGCACAAGAUAUUUUUCCUAAAUUGGCUGAAACUCCACUCAAAAAAAGUCCGCGUCUGCUCAACCGUUCGAAAUCAUGCGUUAUGGACCGACCUCUUACCACGGAAACUGAUGAUCCUAUGAAGAAGACUAAAAGCAAUGCUUCCGGAAGAGUUCAGAACAAUAACGAGGCGAGAUUGACACGCGGACCAUCCGUAAUUGAGGCUCCUUCCUUGCCUAAGCAUCGUGGAAAAAUGCGAGGUGUCUCGGCAGAGGUUAAUAGUAAGGAUAAGGAGAUGCAAAGCAUAAUAGAGCGGCAGCGUUUAGUUGAUUAUCAAUCUGCAAUGAAGACAAAGUGGAUGCAAAAACCGAAAGACCAGAAAAAGGAGGAUCAAAAAAUAAAGGAACAACGGCGCAACGCUCUUAAGAAGCUUUCCGAAAAACCAAAAGACAAUGAUAACAGCUCGAAAUCCAGCAAGAGAAAGAAACCAGCAAGUGUGCCCACUGUUCACAACUCCAAUCGCGGCGAAUUCCUCACCAAAGGAGUUGAUGGUCCACCAGCAAAAGUUGCCAAGAUGGAGAACGCCAUGCCGCCGCCAAAGAAACCAAUUCCCAAACGACGUUCCACCAUUGAGACAUUCUCGCAGCAGCUGCAGGCAGCUGAUGAAGCCGUCCUUUAUCCGCAACCACUUUGCCCUCGUGCAACGGAGCGGAAGGAGGCUGAGCGGGCAAGAAAUCAGCGCACCUGUAACAGAGUUACAUUUGCUGGAAUGGAACAGGAACUUAAAAAGAUCGAAGAUAUAACAAAGCUUCAAAAAAAGAUGCGAAAAGUAACAUUUAAUGAUGAUGUGAAAAUUUAUUUAAUAGAAAAGAUCUCGGGGGCCAGUUCUCCGGUCAAGAACCGCAAGGAGAGCAUGAAGCUGUUCCUCAGCUCGUACCGCGAACGACGCGAGUGGGUCUUAAAGGGCAACAAACCCAUAAACGACAUACGUCAGCACUCGCGAACCAUCCUUCGGUGGGCUAAUGAGUGGCUAAAGCUCGGCAGCGUGGAUGCGGUUGCCAAUCAAGAUAUCCUACUACCUAUUCCUGACGAAUUUGAUAGUUUCAGGCAGUACAGGGAGACCUUUGUACCAUUGAUGAAGCUGGAGCUGCUGACAACCAUCGAGAUGGACUACAAGAUAAACUGCAAAAAUAUAUUUUCAGUCGGCCUGAAGAGCGUUUCCAGUCAGGAUAAAUGCUACCGUUUGGUUACCAGGGUCAAUAGCAGACCCGUUGGCAGAUUCGUACUGUAUACUCUUUCCAGUAGUAGCCAACUGGACGAGACUUUUGCCAGUCUGGUAGACUAUAAGUGUGUCGGAGGCAACGUCUUUGACUUGACCUUCGACAUCCUUCAGCAGGACAUAUCCGAGGAGAAGAUCAACAGCGUGAAGCAGCUGAUCGCCCGUCCAGUCGUGGAUAGUCUAAGGGUGGAGUUGGGUGCCUUGAGUGCUGUCCAUCAGCUCUCCCGGUCGCCGCUCUGCCGUCGCAUCAUGAAGCCCACACAAACGGUGAAUGACUCACUACCAAAGCAGUCCUUCACCUUUAAGGGAUUCAGCAGGUUGAACGAGCAUCAGGAGAGCAUUUGCAUUCGCACUUAUCAGCGGAUAAUCGACGAUUUCCAACCUAGUCUCACAAUGAUCCAGGGCCCACCCGGGUCGGGCAAGUCAAAGGUUAUAUCGGAACUAUGCCUGCAAACCCUGUACGGAAGUGCCGCAAAAACGCUGGACCGCAAAAUCUUGAUUUGUACCCAUUCCAACACGGCCGUAGAUCAUAUUGUUGCAGUGCUGGGUGGAGUUUUGCGCGUUAUGAACCACGAUCGUUUCCACCUGUUGCGGUUCGGAAUGCACGAGAAGAUGAGCCAUUACUCGCGUCCUUACUCGCUGGAGGAGCAUUUCAAGAAAGCCAAGUUACAGAAGAUGCAACGCCUUAGCCCGGAGAACACUGAAAUUCUUAAGAAACAGCUAGUCGAUAUGAAUGCGGAGAUCCAACAGCUAAGGCAGAAGGCGAAUCUUACGGGGACGUAUCUACAGCAGCAGUUGCACCAGAAGGAGCGUCAACUGCAACUGAUCAACGAGCAACUGAAUCCGCCGCUUACGCAGCGCGAGGAGUUUGACAUUUCAAAAAUCUGUGUGGAUCACGCCAAUAUUAUCUGCACCACGCUUUCCUCAUGUGUAAAGCUGGCCAACUAUGUGGACUUCUUUGACAUCUGCAUCAUUGACGAGGCCACGCAAUGCACCGAGCCAUGGACGCUGCUGCCCAUGAGAUUUGGUCUGACGCAUCUGGUUCUGGUCGGAGACACUCAACAACUGCCGGCGGUGGUGCUGUCUAAAAAAGCGAUCGAUUUUGGACUGUCCAAUUCCAUGUUCGAUCGCAUCCAGCGGAGUCUGCAGAAACAGCUGGACAAACCAGGCGGUAAUCAGUUUGUACAUACGAAGCUCUUCAAGCUGAGCAUGCAGUACCGCAUGCACCCGGAGAUUUGCCGUUGGCCGAAUAAGUAUUUCUACGAGGAUCAGUUGGUCAAUGCCGAGUGUACACAGCGUUUUACCUCGCCUUUAAUUCCCUACUGCGUGAUCAAUCUGAGCUACACCCAAGACGACAGUGGCGCUCAAAGCAAAAGUAUAAGCAACGACGAGGAGGCACGCUUUGUGGGUAAACUCCUGGCAGAGAUGGACAAGCACAUGCCCAGCAAGCGCUACAGCUACGGUUUAAUUUCGCCUUACCAAAACCAGUGUUACGCUUUGGGCCAGGUGAUCCCCAGUCACAUGGAUCUCACGCCGGUGACGGUGGACUCGUACCAGGGAUUGGAAAAAGAUGUCAUUGUCAUCUCUAAUGCAAGGACACGCGGCUGCGGCUUCCUCUCCAACUAUCAUCGACUCAAUGUAGCGCUAACCAGGCCGCGUCGGUGUCUGGUAAUAUGUGGGAAUUUUGAUGAUCUAAAGUCUGUGGAUAUGUGGCGUCAGUUGCUAGACGAUGCCCGCGAGCGGAAAGUUUACUUUGAUUUGAAACGAGAGCACGUAGACGACCUACAAAGCUCCCUGAUCACCAAAAUGAUGGUGAAACCCAUUGAAAUAAUUUAGGGGAAUCAGCAUGCCCCUGCUAGAAAUACAGUUGAAGUGAUUAAAACGGAUAAUUAGCUUAAAAAUUGCCCCAAGUGCCAAGGAAGAUAAGCGCUUUCCUUAUGAGUAUUAACUUAAUAUGUUUUUUUUAUGUAUUAUAUCAUUUUUAUAUAUUUAACAUAGAGACUUUAAGAUUGAAAUCUUUGUACACUUAGUUCAUUAAAACACCGUUGACUUGCAUUUCCUUCGUAAAUGCCAUACAGAUGCUCGUAUAACAGGAUUUAUAAGUAACCGAUUAUAUAUCAUCUAUGUACUUUUUGAGAAAGUGUCGCGGGUUAAGGAUGAUUCUGAUGUAUUUUGAAUGACCAAAGGAACGUUAAGAAAUAAAUAUUGAAAUGUUUAAAUCAA